AUGGUUGAUAAGGAUAGUGCUAUGGUGUCACAGAUCAUUGCGGCACUGAAUGAAUUGCAUACUACGACGGAUCAAAAACGAUGUCGAGAAUUGGAUAAUGCGUUGACUACGUUAAAGAAAUCUGAAAAUGGAUUCAUAAUAUCAUUUCGUUUGCUUGACUUCGAACAACCAACUAUUGUGCAACAUUUUGGAGCAUGCAUUUUUUACGACACAGUACGUGAACGUUGGGAGGAAUGCCUGUCAAAUGAAGUUUUGAUAAUGAAAAUUAAAGAAACACUUUUGGAAAAGUUGGCGCUCGGUGCUUCGUUUUUGAAUCAAUCUGUCACUAAUAAACUCACUUCAUCAUUAGCCAUUUUCAUUCUGUGUUGCAUGCCUGACAUUUGGCCGGAACCAAUUCGGGAUUUGGCCACGAUGUGGAAUGAUAAACCAGAAUUAUUGGUUUUGGCUGAAUUGGCAGCGGAAUUUUAUCGCAUACGAUUACCACUGUCACAGCGAUCUCUUCUGAAAUCAUCUUUGCAUCAGAAGGCUGAGUUAUGUUGUGAUGUUAUAAAAAUCAUCAACAUGAUUCUAUGUGAUAAGGACUCACCGCCAUCUUUGAAGAAUGCUGCCGUUGAAUGUCUUGAACAAUGGCUUCGAUUACCUGGUGUUGAACUAGUGCGGUGGCAGCCUGCGCUUUUGCCCUUUUUGGGCAACGUAAGUGACAGAGUUGCACUAGCUCGCAUUUUGAUUGUUGUUUCGGCACAUUCUGAUCUACCAUAUAUGGAAACCUUAGCGAUGGAUCUGGCUACAUUUUUGGCGAGUAUCACGUGCCCGGCAAUUGUAGAACAACUUGAUGUUUUAAACAAACAAUAUAAGGAAAAAAACGAUGUAAAUCGAGAAGAUUUUAUCUCCGAACUUGAAGAAUAUGGGUUUUUAGUGUCUGCAUUGGCUGAGUUUUUUGAAACUACAAUGCGACCGUUACUUAUCGGUUGUGUAGAGAAGCGAAAUGGAGAAGUAUUGAGACUGCUCUGCACAUUUUUUGAGAAAAUUUCGCUUUGGCCAGGUGUUUAUCCGUAUGAUGAGGUCAUAUCAGAUGCCUCAGAAGUGUUUUGGAAUACCCUAAAAGAGGAUUUGCUUUCUUUACCUGGAUCACGUGUUAGUGAAACUAUGCGGGAUGAAUUGGUUACCGAAUGCAGUACAUUUUAUAUACGAUUACAAUGGUCUGCAGUUACAAAAAUUGCUUAUCCACCUCAGAAUGUGUUUCAACUCUUUAAUAAAGUACAAGUGGAAAAUUUUGAAAGAUAUCGUUCUCAACGCGUUGAGAUUUCCUUAAAUACAUUUGCGAUUGCGCCAGCGGAUUCUACUUCAAUGCUAGUAAAGCUGUUGGGUGAAGCAAUCGCUGAAACUAAUAUUUGCAAAUUAGAAGCAGUUUUCUAUCUUCUUGAACGAAUAGCAGAUUACAUGACGGAGAGUGACGCAACUGUAAUCGCUCAGAUUGUAGAAUACUGUACGUCACUCUUGUCUUGGCAUCUUACGGAUGAUAUUUAUGGAGCAAGUCAGCUUGGAAAAUCCUUGAUGAAUCUCUUUUAUUCAUUAUCACAUCUUAUCUGUACUGGAGCUGAAGCUGAUAAGCAGGGAACAAUUUGUAUGGAGCUUGCGUUGUCGUUUAUUGAUAUUGCUGGUUGCACGGAAGAGGCACUCAAAAAUCUAGAAAAAUAUGUUGAAUCACGAACAUCACAUUUGGAUGUAAUGGAUCGAGUGAUACAGAAAUGUUACGAAUAUUUCAAUGACAAUCAGAAACCGCGUAGGUUGCGCAUUUGCGCGCUUCGAUGUUUGGGCUUAUCGCUGGCUGUACAUGAAACGGAUUAUGUGCUGAAAAGUCUGGACUCAAUUCUUACACCGCGACUAAAAAUUUUACAAUCAGUUGUUGAAGGGUGCGUGCCAACAAGUUCGCAGUCAACAGAAAGUCUCGAGGAAGAAUGUAUUUUUGAGCUUGAUGUGCUUUCUUCUCUAAUAGGUACUCAGAAGAUGCAAGCUAAUACUUCUGUCAAUGAAAGUCAAGCAAAAGAGAAAAAUAUUUCAAAAAACACGGUUCACAUUGUACUGUGGCAGUCCAUGCCGUUGCUGUUAAAUUUGCUUCGAAACUUCUCGUCUUCUGAAAUUUUGGUGGAUAAAAUUUGUGAUGUUUUACGUUCAGGUCUGAUAGCUGUUCAGGACGAUGCUGAAGCACUGCUGGACUCUUAUUGUAUUGUGCUUGAUUUUAUAAUGUUAAGACAUCCAGUUGCUGCUUGCAAGUUAGCAAAAUCAGUAGUUCUAAUUUGUUCAAGUAAUAACUUGAAUGAUUUGGUUGUAAAACUCGCAGCACGAAUGGCAUCUUGGUUCAAAAAUAUUAAUGAGUCGAUGGAAGAAUUUAGUGAAGAACAUACAGAAUUAGCUUAUCAUAUUGUGAAGAAAGACUGGAAAUUUCUAUGCAGCUCACCGGCAUAUGGAUGUACUUUUCUUCGAGCGGUGCUUAGCAUAGCACUCAAGAUACUGGCCGCUAGUAAGGAUACGAAUCUAUGCCGAAAGGGUUCAGUUCUGCUUGCUACAUUGAUCAGGAAUAUAAUCAAUAAUGGCGUAUUCACAGAAGUGCUUCAAGAAGCUGGCGAAAAUCUAAUUAGUGUUGUAUUUAAUCGCCUACAAACUGAGCUGAUGAAAUCAACAGCUGAAGCUCUUUCGGAAAUUUUGAUGUUACUUGCCCGAAACUAUCCGCGGGAAACAAGACAGUGCUUAAAUGGUCUUCCAUAUGGUAAUACCCAGGAAGUUGUUAAUAUGCUGAAAGAAACCCAUAAUGCAAAAAAUUUCAAGAAUAUGGCAUUACAAUUCAACAUGCAGAGGCGAAAAGAAAUCAAAAUCUAACUCGAGAUGAACUUACUUUGUUGUUACGAAAGGGUCAUGAUGCAUUUGAGCAAUAUGAAAACUUCCUCGUUCCUGAUUAUUUCGACUGCUCCAAAAACUAUAACUCCAUGUAUAACCCGUAAGAAUAUUACUACAUUUUUGACACAAAAUAAAUAAACAAAGGCACGUCGCGGUAUUGAUAUUUUGGCGCAUAUGCAUUUUGACCCACAUGUCUUUUGUAAAAAUGUUAUUGUUAUUUUUCAUCGAAUGUGAUCUAGUCGA